AUGGUAUCGUAUCAGAGAGUCGUACGGAGACAAUUUUCUUCAAAUUGGUAGUUUUGUGGUGAUAUUAAAAUAAAAUGACACGGAAACUGAAAUUUCCAGGAGGAAAGGGUGAUGCUAUGAAGAAAAAGUCCGAAAUGGACAAUGCGGAUAAGAGGGGUAAAGAUAAAAAAAACGCUCACGGCCAUGAUGAGAAACAUGAUCACCACCCUCAGAAAGCGGCAACGAGUGCUGCCAGAAAACGAUGGAAUAUGCCAGCUAAGGUCUGGGAUUCCACUUUUGCAAACCUUCGAAUUCAGCUUAAUACAAUACACCGAUCCGGACCGAGGAAGUUUAAAAAGCCAAAAGGCAAGAUCAAUUAUUGUGUUAAAAAAUUAGACAAAAUGGCACGACCAGCGGAAGUGACGUAUGCGGUACGUCGAAAUGUUGCAGGAGAUAUGGAUUCAGCUUUAUGGAUGCCAGAAAGACUGGAUGGUCUGAGAUUUGAGAACAGUUUACCAGUCUCUCACAGUAUUCUGGGAACAGUAUCUGACUAUCUGGAGACCGCGGAUAACAGAAUCAUAGCUAUCGAGUUUCGAACCUACAACAAGCUUCCGGAUAUAAAACCAAAAGAAACCGGGUUUAGGACUCACAACCCAUCGUCAGAUUUAAAAGCCAGAAGACCUAUCUCUGGAACUAACAAGCAAAUUCCGGAAUUAAAUCCUAAAGCAACCGGAUUUCCAAAUUCCCGCAGUCCUCUACCCGAUAUAAAACCCCGACCAGCUAAAGGUGAUCCUGCUGAAAUGAACUGCCUAGUGAAGUGCAAAUUUGAUCAAGGAAAAGCUCUAAAGUACUGGGAGAACGAAAUUACAAAGGGACAUGAUCUAGGUGAAAAGAUUUCACUCAAAUGUAAGCGAUCUCAAGAUGACUUGAUUAUGGGAAAUCAUCCUUAUAAAGUAUUUAAAGGACAGAGGAGGGUGUUUGACGACCUAGAAAGCGCUUGGCAGUCUGAAUGUAGGGUAACGAAAUCAAACGGAUUUUGGAAACAGAGGGAGCAACUUGGAGAUACUCUUAGAGGGAUCCACAUGGCCCGAACUAAACAAGAACGUGGAAUAAAUCCCGAGCCAGAAGUCGUGUACAGAGCGGGCUCUGAUCGUCUAAAUGAUUGUAGUAUUCUUGAUCUCAGAAUCAAUGGCGGAAUGCCACCAAGAAAUGGACAAAUGCAUCCGAGCAGUUUUGAUAUUCACUGCCCAUCCGUUUACACAAUACCGGAAAUUGUCGUUACGGCUAUUAACGAGCCAACAAUUGAAAUAGGUCAACACGUGCUGAGCUGGAGUAAUCGGGAUUGUGAAGUUGAUGUAGAAUUAGGAAUCGUCACGUGCCCUGGUCAGGCGAAGAUGGGGAAUCUGGCAGUAAAGAAUAUCGGUGCCUGUGUAGUAAAAUUCGAACUUUUUAAAAUUCCAAAAACGGAUCAUUUCGAUUUUCCAAACCAGAUCGAUGUCAGGGAUUCUAUUUUCCUUGGUCAUUCAGAAGCUAUCGUUUUACCAAAGGAUUUCCAAAAUAUCUCGGCAAUAUUCCACAGCCACCGAGCUACCACUUGCUCAGAAAAAUGGCGAAUAGAGACGACACCUAGAUUAGCAAGGGACAUAACUCUUACGAUUUGGGGUAUAGCUAAAAAUCCCACGGAGCUCGGAGAAAAUGGCAAAGUCAUUGAAGAAGAGAUCAAAGCUAAAAUUCUGGAAAGUUUCAUUGAAAGUAUUUUGGAUGAUAUAAUAGAAAAGAUUUGCUGUAUCCCUCCACCAGCCAGAGCGGAAGGUUUUCCAGAUGACCUCGGAAAAUGUUUUCUGAAAACUCCCGUUGGUAAUGAUUUGUUUACAUUCGUUAAUCCAGGUUUAACCUACCACAGUGGAACAGUUUCUAAAAUAUUGGAAAUAACAGAAAUAUCACUUCCAGUAGUUACUUUCAUUUGGUCACUUCCGCUCAACGACAUAAGAUUAUCAAUGUGUGAUUUGCCGGAAGAAGUCAAAUUCAAAAACAACGUAGUUUCAAAGAAUGACGUUGCAAACGUUUUGAUGACGUUUGUUAACGAAUUACCUUAUGACGUAAAGUUACCAAUGGCAACUAGAAAAUACGACAUGUGUAAGAAACUGUUAGUGGAUGUUUGCAAUAAUAUUUGCGACACAGCUGCGCGGAUGAAAAAGGUUCAUGGAAUCACCUUGGAUAUGGAUUUUUCAAUUGAUGUAUCGAAAGAAGAAUUUUUACCGCCGCCGGCCCCAGUAGUUACCCAGCCUUCUAAAGGACAUAAAACUCCACCCAAAUCCCCUCCAAAAACACCUUCACGUGACAAGUCUAAAAAGAAACCUGUCCACAAGGUACAAGUACCAAAGAGUCCACCACCAGAAUCUGGUCCAGUCAGACUAGGUAAAAUUGCUCAAGGUAUUAAGACAGCCAAGAAAUCUCAAUAUAAGAACCGAGCUAAACCUAUCAUGUAUUUUAAAUACUUAGAAAAAUUAAAUCUCCACUCUUAUUUCAUAGUGAAAGAUUUUAUUGACAAAUUUGCAGAUUAUUUAUCAGAUUUACCCGAGGUUCCUGAGCUAAGAAUGUAGAUUACUACUAGGAUGUAGAUGUAAAUGUAGAGUGUAGAUUGCUAGACUUAGGAUGUCGAUCACUAAAUGUAGAAUGUAAAUUACAUAGCUUAGGGUGUGGAUUACUUAAAUUAAAAUUAGUAUUUGAAAUACGCGUGUAGAUUACUAUACUGAUGAUAUAGAUUACUAAAUGUAGAUUACUAAGCUUUGAGUGUAGAUUAUUAACUAAGAAUGUAGAUUGCUCAGCUAAAGAUUUAUAUUACUUAACUAACUAAAUAUAGAAGAUAUAUUACUUAAAAUGUAUGUUAAUUAACUAGAAAUAAAACUUACUUAUUGUAUAUUUUGUAGAUUAUAUAAAAUCUACAAUGUGUAUGAAAAUGUUAUAAAAUGUAAAUGAAGAUGUAAAUAUAUCAAUAAACUAUAAAAUAUCUAUAA